AUGAGAAACGUUGUUGAGUUUAUAAGGCAAAGCGAAGUACGAGGUUUUCAACGCCGUAUUGUUGCUGAUUUCUCUGAUAAACUAUCUUUUGACAACGUGAAACUUAUUAACCCUGAUUCACCUGUUUCAAGUCGGUCAGUAUUUUUAUUAAAAAUAAAUUGUGACAACACCGUAAUCGCUGCCGCACACAUGGAAGGGGUUGUUGUUUUGUACAAUGGCUCUUCAGGAGCGUGUAUUGGACAAUGCGAAGGCCAUGAAAAGUCUCCUUGGACAAUUACGUUUCAUCCGUCUAUUCCUCACCUGUUGGCCAGUGGCUGCCUUGGUGGCCGCGUGUGCUUAUGGUCAAUUUUAGAAAAUUUUUCAAAAACUUCAGGAUGCCACAGUAUCGUUAAGCCUAGUUCUACCUGGGAGCGACUUGGAGCUAUUACUUCUCUCGCAUUCCACCCGUAUCGUUCGAUCCUCACCGUUGCUUGGGCCCAAGAAAUUGCUUUUCUUGACUUUAAAGAAGAUCGCGUCCUUUCUGUUUGGCGAUUUGCCUCUGAUGGCUCCGGUGUUCGAUGGGUACACUUUAAUCCUGAUGGAUCAAUUUUCUACACAGCAUCCUCAAACCAUCGUCCUCUUGAAAGUAAUUGCUUGCGGCUACCCCCUAUAUCAAACACCAUAGAAUUUUCCCCUCUACACGGGAUUCCAGGUGUGUUAGAACUUAAUCCACGUCCUUCGUUUUUUAAUUCCCCACUUUAUGAAUUUCCGUUUUGUUGCUCAGGCAUAAAUCCUGCUAAAAUACUUCGUGGUGAGCUAGUGUAUUUUCUUCUUGGACAAUCGGCAGAGUGGUAUGAGGGUCAUGGAAUUUGUCACACCUGUUCUCUACGAUUGUGCGUAUGGGCCGCUGGUUUGGUUGCUGAUUCGAGUUUUCCCCAUCGGAGAGUCCCCCUUUCCGAGGCCGUAGAUCGUAUUUUGACCGACGUUGCCUUGACCGUCCCCAAUGGCUCCGCGAAAGUUGAGGAUAUAAUGGCUUUACGCCGCGAGGACCCAUCACCCAAUGCUGUAGUAGUGAUUGAAGACUUUCCUUCCAGUGAAUGGUUCCUCUCCAAAGGCCCCUGCAACGUGUACUGCUCUGCGGCGCAACCCUCGAUGAUGUGUUGUCUGGGGCACAUUGGCGAUCUCUUUCUGACUCAUCGAGACCUUAUGCGCUACUCCCUCUGUCGUCGAUGCCUUCAGAAAUUUUGGCGUUGGGCUAAUGAUAGCAAUCGGGUGCAGUGGUUCACCUGGACCCAGUCCAGUCCAAAUCCCCGUGAAAGUAGAAAAAGUGCUCCUCCUCAGAUACCAGACCCGGGGGUGGUUCGCUCUGCGAGAGUGUGCUAUCGAUGCUGCCAAGGUCCGGAUCAGUGCUCAACGCAUCCAAAUGCGGUCUCCGUGCGAAACGAACUGUCUCCAUCCAGUUCACUCAAACGGCAAUCGCUCACCCCCAUCAGUCGAUCCUCUGUGGCCCCAACUGUAUCCCUCCACUUCGACGCGACUGCUACUGCUGAGGCGGGUGAAUGCAAAAAGAAAUAUUCUGAAGGAUACAUUUGUAGCAACGACAACAGCGGGCUUUCCGGAGUCGGAAACUAUUCAGGCCCUAACUAUCUGUCGAAACAAUCCCUUGUUAAGAGUCUUCCAUCAGCCCUUGCUUUGGCUUCAGAAAAAAACCAACCACGCAACAACGAUCUGGAAGCCUCUUGUAAAUGUGGCGAUAUCGCCCUACAAGCAGCACCAAUGGAUGAGAUGGCAGAGAAGGAGCUUCGCGUUCUCUACUCCCAUCUCUUCUCCUCCGAAAAGAACACAACCUCCCUCCCCUUCUCCCUCCAGCACUUCGCUAGCACCCUCGCCAACAUCUUUCAGGAGAUGGGCGAGCAUAGCUCGGCGUGCAAUCUUCGUAAUACAACCCACAGUGUAUGUGGAUGGGAGUUGAAGUUUCGCACGUCUGUGAAUGGGACGCGAGUGUGCCCUACCAUCCGCGAUGCUGCCCCUUGCACACCCAGAAACUACGCAGUCACAUACCGUCGGGAUACCCUUGUGAUUCCUCAGGCACGCAUCUUCAACGAUUCCUCAAUAUCCCUCUCCCGUGAUGGUCGCUUAAUUGCCGCUUUUGCUGUUCCACAUGGUAAUCAACAGAACCCGGACUCUCUUCAGGUGCAAGACAGUACAGUAGCAGUGUAUUGGGCGGAGCCCGUGAGUCGUCGGGGCCACUGCAUCUUCGCGGUCAGCACGGUGCCACCCGCUGAACCCGUGUGCCUUCACUUCUCGCCUUCUGGUAGUUUUCUUGUCGUUGGAACAGCUAACUCACCCCUCGCUGUUACCCAUCACGUCCCAGCUAUGGUGCAGCAGUACAACGCAAUGUUUGCUAGAAUAAUCAACUACGAGAGCCCCGCACUGGCAUACAUCUAUGCGAUCGACAGAAAGCGAAAGGAUUCGGUGGAACAGAGCACUCGAGUGAAGGAGGUGUUCCGAUUCGACCCACCAGAUUUCAUGAAGUCACCCUAUGGUUUUACGCCAAUGUCGUUAAAUACAAUUCUAUGGCACUGUGGUGGCAUUGCUUAUGGCACCACAAGGGGGCUCAUAGUGAUGAUGGAGCCCCGUCUGCAGAACGACUUGAAGGACGCAUCCUCAAAAGAUCACUUCUAG